AUGAAAGGAUUUUUUUCAUUACAGAUUCUCAAUAUAACUGAAGCAACUGAAGUUGACAUUGAUGAUAUCCAAGCCAUUAAUGAAGUUGAAGAUACCAAUUCCUCAGUAUUUUUCAAAGAAGUUGUAAAUUCUGAUUUGUUUAAAGAGAUUAUAAGGAAAUGUACAUAUCUAUAUGAUCAUGCUCAUUCUUAUAAUUCAAAAUCAAAAAAAGAUACUGUUACAAAAAAAAUCAAUUGCCCAUUUCUUAUUAAUACUUCAUGUCUCAAGUCAAAUAAUCCUGCAUUUCAUGUUUAUAUAAAUAAGAUUGUUUAUGAUCAUAAUCAUCUCUUAAGUAUUGAAUUGAUCAGUUUUGAAGAAAGUAAGAAGUUCACUUCUGAAAUAUUAAAGGAUAUCAAAUUUUUAACAACACAUUGUAAAUUUGAAGCAACAGUUCAGUACAGGUUUUUAGAAGCUCUGCUACCAGAUAAAAGUACAGAAUUACAUGUUUGGAUGUUCAACAAAGUCUUAAAAGCAACUGAAAAGCAGCCAGCAGUCAUAAUUACUGAUGCUGACCCUGCAAUAGAAUCUGCAAUUCAUCAAAUAUUUACUCAAAGCUAUCAAAUUUAUUGUGCUUUUCAUCUUACACAGAAUAUUAACAAACACUUAAGGAAUUCUCUUGGUGGUGAUUAUAGCAAGUUUAUUGAGGCAUUUUAUAUCUGUAAGAAUAGUCUCGGAAAAGAAACAUUUGAAAAGAGAUUUAAAAACAUCUGUCAAAAUUUUCCUAACUCAUCUUCAGAUGAAGGUAAUAGUAAUAAAGGAAAUCAAGAGUUCAUAUUAUUGAAUUCUAAAAAGAAACGUAGUAAAGGUCACCCA